AAAGUUAACAAAUAGCCUGACCGCACCAACCGCCCCCUUCCUCCGUGAUUCUCCUCUACAUUUCCUUUUCCUCCAUCGGAAAGGCUUCCGAUCUCCGCCAAUUCCGUUGCCGUCGUCGUUGCCGUUGCCGGCGGCCACCAUGGCGCUCCUCCUCCGUCACUCCCGCAAGUUGCAAAGAGUGCACGGUGUCCUGGAUUACGAGCGUGGGAGCAUCGCUAGGCACUUCUCUGCCAGUGCCUGCUCCGCUGCUGUGAAGGAAGACGGUGUCUCAAGUUCUAGUGUUCAUGGGGACUAUGGGAAAAAAGUUGGAAGCUCGAGCAUUUUCCAAGAGAGGUUGUCUGGAAAAGGGCCCGGUACCUCUAAGGUAUCUCCACGAGAGGCAAGAGGAAGCUACAUCCCGAAGAGAAUGCAAUUUUCUGUUACUGGGGCCAAUAGUUUGUUCUCAUGUGGGCAUGUAGUUUCGGCAAGGCAGUUUUCGAGUGGUGCAGAUUUGCCAGCACACGAAGAAAUCGGGAUGCCUUCUCUGUCACCUACUAUGACUGAGGGAAAUAUUGCAAGGUGGGUGAAGAAGGAAGGAGACAAAGUUUCACCUGGUGAAGUUCUUUGCGAAGUGGAAACCGAUAAAGCUACCGUGGAGAUGGAAUGCAUGGAGGAAGGCUAUCUUGCUAAGAUUGUUUGUGGAGAUGGCGCAAAAGAGAUCAAAGUUGGCGAGAUUAUUUGCAUAACUGUGGAAGAGGAGGGGGACAUUGAGAAAUUUAAGGACUAUAAGGCUUCAUCCUCUGCUUCAGCUGCACCUCCAGCUGAAUCGAAACCCCAGUCUGAGGCCCCAGAACCAAAAGAGGAGAAGAAAGAGCUGUCCAAGGCUCCCGAGCCAAAGGCUACAAAGACUGAAGAGUCAGGGGAUCGCUUAUUCUCCAGUCCUGUCGCCAGAAAGUUGGCAGAAGACAACAACGUACCGCUUUCAAGCUUAAAAGGUACUGGUCCAGAUGGGCGUAUUUUGAAGGCAGACAUUGAGGAUUACUUGUCCUCUGCCGCCAAGGAUACGAAGAAGGAAGCUUCAGCAGCUCCAGGACUAGGCUAUGUGGAUCUUCCAAAUACACAAAUAAGGAAGGUUACUGCAAACCGCUUGCUGCAAUCUAAGCAGACCAUCCCUCACUACUAUCUGACAGUUGAAAGUCGAGUUGACAAACUUAUUAAAUUGCGGAGCGAGUUGAACCCUCUGCAGGAUGCCUCUGGUGGGAAGAAGAUAUCUAUAAACGACCUUGUUAUUAAGGCUGCAGCAUUGGCUCUUCGUAAGGUUCCCGCGUGUAACAGUUCCUGGAUGAACGAUUUUAUUCGCCAGUAUCACAAUGUGAACAUUAAUGUUGCUGUACAAACCGAGCAUGGUUUGUUUGUUCCAGUAGUUAGGGACGCAGACAAGAAAGGCUUGGCUACUAUUGCCGAUGAGGUGAAGCAGUUGGCUCAAAGAGCAAGGGAUAACAGUCUAAAACCAUCAGAAUACGAGGGUGGCACUUUCACCGUCUCAAAUUUGGGAGGCCCUUUCGGAAUUAAGCAAUUCUGUGCCAUCGUAAAUCCUCCCCAAUCAGCAAUUUUGGCUAUUGGCUCUGCUGAGAAGAGGGUGAUCCCUGGAGCUGAGGGUCAGUUCGAAGUCGGUUCCUUCAUGUCAGCCACGCUAAGCUGUGACCACCGGGUCAUUGAUGGCGCCAUCGGUGCGGAAUGGCUGAAGGCAUUCAAGGGCUACAUCGAGAACCCGACAACCAUGCUGCUGUAGGGAGCUAUUUUCUUCUGUAAAUGAUGAUGAGAGCAAUUUUCUCCUUCAUAGGCUCUCACUAAUAAAGAUCACAAAAUAACCACAUCUCAAUUUUUUCCCGCCCUUUUCUUGCUGUGCAUAACCUCGGUAACGAGGGCUGGAAACCGAGAUCAAAAAGAGCAGAGUCAGCGCAGGCUGUUUAACUUGUUCCUGGGCAAAUUCAGGCUGGUGCAAAUUUGUUGCCUACUUUUGUGCCGGUUUCGGCCGAAUCUGAUUUCAGAAAUACCCUGUACCAGUUUUUUUUUUCUUUGGUAGGCGAAGUAUCUGCUCAUAGCGAGACAA